AUAGAGAGGGAGGCAGGAGAACAUGAAGGACAGUAUUAGAAGGCUUUGAUUUGUGGGAGGAAAGCAGCUGUUUCACAGUUUGAGAUUCAGGUGCCAGAGGGAAUGUCUUCUCUCAUAUCAGCUUGCCCAUGUGGUAAAAUUGGCCUUACAGACCUUCUCCAGGAUGACCUGGAGGAGAGUGGUGACAUAAGAGAGGGCCUUUUUGGUUGUGCCCCCAUACUUCUUCUUCCUAAGCAGCCUACCUAAAGUCUACAUUUGUUUUUGUUAGGCGGCUUUCAUGCUGCUUUAACAGCUGGUUUAACAUUAUGCUUUGAAUUGUUGUAAGCUGCCCUAAAAUUCUUUUAAAUUGGAUAUAGAAAUAUUUUCAACAAAACAGUGGGGACAGGCAGAAAUAUGGUUUGACCUUUGGUCAACUCUAGGACUUUGCUGCUUGCAUCACAUGAGAAUCAAAGACUGCAUUCCUCAUGCGCCAGGUUGUCUGGCAGUAACUGUUCCAAAUCCACCAAAGGCUUGAUAUAUGGUUUGUGAAAUCAACUCAGCAACAUCCACAAGGAAUGGAGAAAGUUCUUUCAACUGCUUUAUUAGAACAAGAAAAAGAGCUCGAAGAUGGUGAUGAAAAAGCUGUGCUGAUGACCGUGGGGUCAAAUAAUGAGGAUCUUGCUGCCCUUGAGUAUUCCCAAGGUGAGGAAAGAAUAGCUGUCUUUUUGAAAGAUGCAAAAACACCUCCAAAGAGUGUCCCUGUGUUGGAGCAAUCGAAGGAAGGGGGCAUUGGUCUCAAGGAGGCAGUCUCCAUUUCAUCAGAGAAACCAGAAGCAAUGAAGAAAGAGGGGAAAGUGACUGCUGAGAUGGGUAGCCCUAAGGAGGACCCCAGCUUUUUGUUACCAUUCUCUCAUCAAGAACCCGCUGAUGCUUUGGAAGCCUGUGCAGUGACAGAUGAGCCCAGUCCUUCUCCUCUUGACGUUCCUACCAUAACAGGUCGCAGGAAGGAAUCCUGCAGCAAGACAGAACACCGGUUAAAAUUCAGGAAAGGCUGUUACAAAGCAGAUUCAAGAAGAUCAGCAGAUCAAAGAAGCAUGACUGUUUUGUGGGAUGGCUCUACACAGGAGACAGUGGGUAGUGUCUCCAAAGAAGAAAGCACUUUAGAAAGACUCCCUGGUUUGAAGGAUUCAGAGAGCACUAAGGAAGUUGCAUGGCAAAAUCCUUCUUACUCAAAGGAACCCACUUCUGCAGUGGAAUCUAACAUUAUGAAAACUGUGCAAAUGAAUACUGAUGAUCUAGAAGGGGAGCUUGAGCACCUAAAACCUGGCAUGGCAGCUGGGGAAGCUUCACCACCACUGGCUGAUGCACAUACUGUUAGUGGGGAUGAACGAUUCCAUAGCAAUGAACCAAAGCAGCUAGACUCUUUCAGCAAAGAGCACUUAGACAGAAGGCAAGAGAUGGAAAAGAAGGGCUUUCAGAGAUUUGACUGGCUUUCUGAGCACAAUGAAGGGCUUGAUCCUCUCUACAGAAAUAUAAAUAAGCCAGCAGAUGUAGCAACAAACCUUUCUGUCAAAGGACAGUCGGCUCGAGAAGCUUCUUUGUUGGCUCUGCCAGUAUUUAGAAGAAUGCUAAAUCCUCAUCUAAGUAAAGCUAAGACUGCUGAAAGUGCACCCUCCCCCAGGAUGGGGCAGGCAAUGGACUCUGAUUUAGGUGAUGUAAAUUCUGUCAACACAGCUGAGUGGGCAUUGCAGGCAUCAGGGGUUCAAACCACUACGGACCUGGCUGUCCGUAAACAUACUUGGAGCAUUAGGGGCAGAGAUACUGUGGAACAUGUUCCUCUGAGGUCUGCAGAUUCUCCUUCCUGCAGUACCUAUGAUGAUAAGUCGAGGCCAUAUUCAUGCAAUCUCCUGCUGGAGGAGCAGGGGAAAGAUGAUGUAGGCCAGGAGGAGGACCCCACUGUAUACACAUGUAUUGAGUGCAGCAUCUAUUUUAAGAUGAAGGAACAUUUGAUGGAUCACAUGCUUCAGCAUAACAGAGGACUAGGUCUGGAUCAAAGCAGAGAGGGUGCUGGAGAUCAGUGUCAGUUGACCUGUAAUGAAUGUGGAUGGGCUUUUGGGGACAUUGUUUCUCUAGAGCAGCACAGGAGACUCCAUCAGGAGUCGCGAGAAAAAAUCAUUGAGGAAAUUCAGAAGCUGAAUGAAUUUCCAGAUGAAGGCCGUGAUGCUAGGCUACAGUGCCCAAAAUGUGUGUUUGGAACGAACUCCUCUAAGGUGUUUGUCCAGCAUGCAAAAAUGCAUGUCAGGGAGAGGAAAGACCAAGGCUUGAAACAUGUGAACUUGUUUGGUAAUUCUGGUGGUAGUGAACCAAGAGACAGCUCCAUGCACAACAUAUACAGACACUUCAGGCCAAAUGAGCAUUCAUCUCAAAUGGCACACGUGCACAGUAGCAACAAAGGUCAUAGCACUUGCAUGCUUUGCAGCUUUCCUGCCCCGAAUGAUAAUAUUUUAAAAGAACACAUGAAAUAUACUCAUUCACACUUGCCCUGGAACACAGAGACUUUUGAAGCAGAUAUGAACCAGCCUGGAACUAGUAAGGAUACCUACAGCCCUACCGGGUCCAGUCAAUUUUCAGAAAGUGAUUAUUUGAAUAAAGCAGACAGACUCUUUCCCCAUUCUCACUGUGAGAUCAUUUCCCCCUAUGACUCUCCCCCUGCCUUUCCAGGGGGCCAUCAGAGACUUAAUAAAAGCAAUGGCACUAAUAAAAAAGAAAUUCCAAAGCCUGGCUUUCGGGCCAGGAAACGAGCUCCCUAUAGCUCCUCACAGAAGAUCUUGGAGAUGUCCUCUCUUACCUCAACAAAUGCUUAUUCUCCACAUGGUCUAAAAGAAAUGAGGAAUAAAAGCACAGUGCUGUCACUUGAUUCUGAGAGGGAGAGCGCCAAAAGCCAUCCAGGUGUGUUAGAAGAACUCCAUCACAAGUGGUUACCCAUAAAUGAUGUUAGGAGUAUGGAAGAAGAAUUCCCCUUAGCAACAGAAAUACAGUUAGCAGAGAAUAGAUACUUCAGGCCCUUUGCUAUUCCUCAGUCUGCCUUGGACCUCAAAAGGACUUUCAUGGGCACUUUGAAGGCAAUAGAUUUUUCAGUAGCCUCAGCAGGACAGCAGCACCAGUUACGUCAGAUGGUUCCUAUUGUUAUUGUUGAGGAAAUUUAUCUUUAUCGCAGAAAGGUGAAACGACCCAAGAUGAAAACUCUCAAGAAAAAGGUGUUGCCUUCCUCCCGAGAGUUUGGCAUGGAUGAGUCCCUUCCCUUAGGUGUCUUCCUAUUAGAUUCCUCUCUAGAAGGAUCUCUAGAACUGGGUGACCUUCUGGAUGCAGAUUCGCCGAUGUUGAAGAAUGAGGAGAGGAAAUGCCCAUACUGUCCUGACAGGUUCCACAAUGGGAUUGGCCUAGCCAAUCACGUGCGGGGCCACCUGAACAGGGUGGGUGUGAGCUACAAUGUCCGUCACUUCAUCUCUGCAGAAGAAGUGAAAGCUAUUGAGCAAAAAUUUUCCUUCCAAAAGAAGAAGAAAAAAGGUAUUGCAAACUUUGAUCCGAGUACUUUCAGUUUAAUGAGAUGUGAAUUCUGUGGGGCAGGCUUUGACACACGUGCAGGCUUAUCCAGCCAUGCCAGGGCCCACUUGAGGGAUUUUGGUAUCACCAACUGGGAGCUUACCAUUUCACCAAUUAACAUCUUGAAGGAGCUAUUGGCCAAUUCUUCAGAACAUCCUAUGCUUCAAUCUGCACUAGGAACUGAUCCUUCAUCUCCAAAUCAAGACAGAGAGAUGCUUGGCUUUAGGCCCUGCAAAAGCACAACCCCUUUAUCUGAAUGCAGCUUUUCACAAUCACCUUUCUCCCCAUUCCCUCCUUCCUGGGGAGAUGAGCCCAUGCAGUCCUUCAGAGAUGUUAUGGCUUCUGAAGAGGAAGAGGACAUGGUUACUGCGGAGAUGGGGUCACCACCCCUCCAGAAGAAGAGUUCUCUGGCUGGGUCAUUAGACCAAAUUCCAAAUAGAAUAGGGGGUUCAUUAUCUCCUGAACUUUCCAGUAGCAAGACAGACUCUCAAGAUUCCAAAACACCAAACCUCACAACAUGUGAGGUCUGUGGCACCUGCUUCGAGACACGCAAAGGCCUGUCCAGUCAUGCCCGUUCUCACUUACGUCAGCUUGGUGUGGCUGAAUCUGAGAGCAGUGGAGCUCCCAUCGACUUACUGUAUGAACUGAUGAAGCAGAAGGGCAAAGUGGACAGCGGCCCCAUCUCUCCAAGUAUUAGCAAAAAAUCUGCUUCUCCCAAAGAAGGGACUGCAGGGUCCACACGGCCAACACUACUGCCUCUCAGCAAAGCUCCAGAACGGCCUCAGGAGCCACCUGUAAACAAAGCAAUCAAAUCCCCUCCAGGUUUCACCCCCAAGAAUGUUUCCCAGCCAGGAUCUCCCAUACUCAAGAAAGUGGCACCUGCUUUGCCUGGUUCUCCUCUGCCAAAGAACCCCGAAGACAAAAGCCCCAAGCUACCGCUGAGCCCUCUGCAGAGUUCUCCUAAAGCACAGUGGCCGCAGCCGGAGGAAGAAGGCCCCUUAAAUCUAACUGUAGAUAGUGACUCGGGCAGAGAAAAUGACUGCCAGUUAUGUGGUGCCUGGUUUGAAACCAGAAAGGGGCUGUCAAGUCACGCUAGAGCCCACCUGAGACACCUGGGAGUGAGCGAUCCAGAUGCUAAAGGAUCUCCUAUUGAUGUUUUAAAUGAUCUCAUCAAAAGCGAAGACUUCAAAGGCCAUCUUUCUUCUCUCCUCCCUAGUGAGAGAGAAUCGUUAGGGGAGACUGAGAGCUCUGAUGGACCCAGCCCAAAGAGCACAGCUACAGCAGCGCCUGCCACAGGCACGAAACAAGCACACUCACCAAGGCCUUUGGGCAAACAGCCAUCUGUACUCUCACCUCAGUCCCCUCCACCAUCCAAGAAACUGAAGCCAAAUGGUCACAGGCUGUCAGCUGUCGCUGAUCUUCAAAGGAAACAGGUUCUUUCUUCCAGUGUAUACUGGGCAUCAGAUGCUGAGAUGGCUCCACUCAAUCUCUCCUCUGGAGCAGAACCUGUGCGGGACAUCAGGUGUGAGUUCUGCGGUGAAUAUUUUGAGAACCGGAAAGGGCUCUCCAGUCAUGCCAGGUCACAUCUGAGACAAAUGGGAGUGACUGAGUGGUAUGUGAAUGGCUCCCCCAUUGACACACUCAGAGAAAUUCUGAAACGGCGAUCUCAGCCUCGGAGUAGUACCUCCAGCUCCCCAUCACAGGGUCAGAAAUCAGUUGGCCCACCUGUUCUUGGAAGUUCUCUGGAGCCACGAAGCCCAGGGGAAGGUCAUAUGCCUGCAAUCCUUAAGAAGGCACAACAGCCAGGGAGCCCCAUGGGGCAUUCACCUACCUCUUCCCCUCCCCCAACUGCUAGAAAAAUAUUCUCGGGGCUUCCUUCUCCUUCAUCUCUGCACAAGAAGCUGAAACAAGACCAAUUGCGCAUGGAAAUCAAGCGAGAAAUGAUGUCUGGGGGACUUCACAAUGAUUCGCAUCUGUCCGACAGAGCUUGGUCACCACGAGACGAUAUGUCCCCACUCAAUCUCUCUUCUCGUGCUGACCCUGUGCGGGAUAUUCGGUGUGAGUUUUGUGGUGAGUUUUUUGAGAAUCGAAAGGGACUUUCCAGCCAUGCCAGAUCUCACUUACGCCAGAUGGGUGUAACGGAAUGGUCAGUCAACGGCUCUCCCAUUGACACACUACGAGAAAUUAUAAAGAAAAAGAACAAGCUGUGCUUGAUAAAGAAGGAGCCAAAUACAGUGAGCAUUGAGCUUUCAAAGCCCAUUGGAGAUGAAGGACCUGAUCCUAAAUCCCCUGGGAAAAUGCUGCAUCCCAUGGCCUUGUCCCCGCUGGGCGGGAGGACUGGAAAACCAAACCUUGGUCGGGAGGUCUCUCUCUCACCACUCAAAUCACAAGAGGGAUUCUUGGCACCACUUUCCACUAAGCGUCCACUGUCAGAUGAGCGGCUGAGCGGCCACAGCGAGUUGAAGCAGAAAACUUACAUCCAGACCGAAUUGCCAUUCAAAACCAAGCAUAUGCAUGAAAAGCCCACUCAUACAUAUUUUGCUCAGUUUAGCUCCCUGCCGUUUCUGCUCCCAGCCAGCGAAGCCUGCUGUGAACUGUGUGGCCUCUACUUUGAGAACCGCAAGGCACUGGCCAGCCAUGCUCGUGCACAUCUCAGACAGUUUGGAGUGACUGAAUGGUGUGUGAACGGCUCCCCGAUCGAGACUUUGAGUGAGUGGAUCAAGCAUCGUCCCCAGAAAGCCGGAGCCUAUCGCAGCUACAUCCAAGGUGGGCGGCCCUUCACCAAGAAGUUCCGCAGUGCCUCUCACAUGCGUGGCAAUGACGUCUCUGGGAAGAGGGCUCCCCUGAGCCUGCAGGCAGGCAGCCCUUCACUGGCAAGCAGAAGCCUAGGUGGGGAGAUGGUGCCCACUGAGGCCAGCAAAGCUGUGGAUGGUGGUGGUGGCGGUGGUGGUGAGCGGCCUGCAGUCACAUCACCUCUGUCGCUGGUAAAGGUGGAGGAGCAUCAGCAGUAUAACAUCAACAAAUUUGAACGAAGGCAGGCCAAACCCAUUGAGCCUCCUCCACUUCGGGAAGAAGAGUCCAGUGAUGUGCAGCAGAAGGUUGAAGAGGUCCGCCACCCACCCCCUAGAGUGAGACCAGUGCCCUCUUUGGUUCCUAGGCCACCACAGACUUCCUUGGUUAGGUUUGUGGGCAACAUCUACACAUUGAAAUGCAGGUUUUGCGAAGUGGAGUUCCAGGGCCCCCUCUCUAUCCAGGAGGAAUGGGUACGGCACCUCCAGCGCCAUAUUUUGGAGACUAACUUCUCCAAGGCAGAUGGCUUGCGAAAUGGGACCGAUGUGACUGUGGCACCACCUGUAGCUGAGGCUCAGUAGCAAAGCUCUUAGGAAGCACAAGCAUUCCAGGGUUUCUCCCUUACCUUUUCCAGAUGAACAGCAUUAAUGGUUAACAAACAGGGCCGAAAGCGGUAUUUGACCUGGAUUCCACAACUUCACUUCAGAGGCCAGGUGUCUGUAGGCUGACUGGACUUUGGGAGGUUGGGAGAAGAGCCCCAGCAUUUAAGCACUAAAUGAACCAUGCUGUUCCUAUUGGGGAUGCUCUUUAUUGACAGCAGUGGUACUCCAGAUUGGAGUUUGCUCUCGUGCUUUCUGUCUGCAAAGAGCUGGAGAAGUGAAGUGAAGUAAAAUGAGAAUUUCCUUAUCCUUCCAGUGAAUGCAAGUUUCUCCAAAGACACACUCUCAUUAUAGGGAGGAAGCAUGCACUUGCUCUGUUGCAGUUCAGGCUGUGAGCGAUGUGAUGGUGAGAGUCAUGAAUAUGAGGUUCUAGUGAAAGUUGUGAACAUGAGGAUCUGUGUGAGGCCAAGCAUAGGCAUGAUGGGAGGGUCGAUCCAGAGCUAUUUUGCUCUAUGGGGAAAGAUGUUGAUUCUGUAUGUGACCUUAGAGUUAAUGUAUGUUUGACUCCUUAGGUGACAAGUCUUUAGUUUCUGUAGAUGUUGGGUCCUGUUGUGCAUGUUCAUGUCCCCCAACUAUGUGUACUGGGGGUUGGUCCCAUUAACAGUUAUGGGGAAGUCAUACAUUUCUUGACCAUAUACAUUUUCCCCCUUCCUCACUUCCUGAUGCCACUUGGUUAUCCCUGUCUAUUUCAUGUGGGACCCUUCAUUUAGGAAAUCCAGCUCUGCCAUAUUGUGGCAGUCAGAUUUUGGCAGAGGAAUAUGUUGCAUUUCUUGUUUUUAGUCCUGAAAUGAAGAAUGGGUCAUGAUAUCCCAAAGAUGACCUCUGCUUGAAAUCAGUGGUGACGUGUCCUUUUAGCCAACUCUGAAUAAGCAAGUCCUUUUCAAGAGUACAUGAAAGGCUAAGGGGAGUAUGGUCUUGUGGAGUUCUUGGUGGAAGGGCUCUAGCAGGCCCUUAGUGCAGUUCCCAAAUCAGCAACAGUAAACUCUCUUGGAAUUUCUGCUUUCCUGUUUUGGUUACUGUUGCUGUCCAGUCUCUCUCUUCAUAGAACCUCAACUUUUUAAAUUCUAGUUUUGUGUAGAAGUAACAAACAUUUGUUUUUAUUUGGAAUCCAGGCUGAACAGAACCUGGUAAGAAAAUUACCUUUUAACUUUUUCAACGGGCAUAUUCUGGUUAUUACUGUACCUAGGAAUAUGUAUAUUAGAUUAAACUUCUGUUCUGG